AUGAAUCGUGGAGGUCGGGUGGUCAUAAUGACAAAUGAGUACAGCAGAGUGGGAUCAACACUGGCAAUGGCCUAUCUCAUUGCGGGCGAGGGUAAAAGCCUCAAGGAAGCCUGGGCUACCUUACGGAAAGCCUAUCUAGCACUCCGCCCGAGGUGGGAAUUCCUCGAACGAUUAGCGGCAUUCGAGCAGAAAGUGAAGAAUCUGUGCGACCCCGCGGAGAUCACGGACGAAGACUUCCUCUAA